AUGAUUUCAAUCCAAGAUUUUCCACCAAAAUUACCUUUCCAAACAUUUCGAAUUGCUUUCGUUAUUCCGUACUUUGUUUUCAUCGCAUUUUCCUUGGAACCUCCAAAAACAAAAUUAAGAUACUUUAGCCUGAUCGUUAUAAUCAUAUAUUUACUCGCACUUCCACUCGUAUAUCGAGGAGAAUAUGAAGAGAUCGAGAUAUCGCCAAUAGCAGCCUUAGCAUUUGGUUGGAGUUUUAAGAUGAUGAUUUGGUUAAAAAGAUGUUUAUACGCCGAGAAAGAAAAACAAAUAGGACCGUUUUAUUUGACGAUGUUCUUCUGGAGGACAUUACCAAAUGAUGACACGAAAGUUAAGAAAAAGGAUUCAAAGUUGACGAUAAGAGAGAUAAAUCUGAAUAUAAUUCAACGCGUUGCGUUAGUUUUUCUUAAAUGGGGCUUAUUCGAAAUGUGUUAUAGGUGGUUAACGUAUAAUGUCCCCGACAUACCUGAAGAAAGUUAUCCGGUUCGAAUUUUCAAUUGGGUCACUAAAGGGAUUCCAGCUCUAAAUCAAUUUUUAUUGCUUUAUUACGCUGUUGAUUUCUUAUCACCUUAA